AUGAACUUCACAAAAUUGGAGGUGCUAAAGUUGAGUGGAAUUUCUCUUCAUUUGGAGGUGGACGAUAAAUGGAUUCCUCCUUUUCAAGUAAAUGAAUUAGUUUUGAGCUCAUGUCAAUUGGGUCCACGAUUUCCAAGAUGGUUACAGUUGCAAGAAGAAAUCUUCAUGCUAGAUUUGUCAAACAAUGAUAUCAUAGGAGCUAUUCCUAAUUGGUUUUGGGACCUACCAUCUCCCAUAGUAUUCUUGAACCUUUCUAAUAACCAAAUCAGUGGCAUGUUGCCAUCCUCUUUGGAAAACAUGACAUCUUUAUAUGUACUAGAUUUAGCUUCUAACUAUUUAGAAGGAUUCGUACCAUUUUUGCCAGAUUCUUUGAUAUGGCUUGAUUUAUCAAGCAACAUGUUUUCUGGAUCACUUCAAUGGUCUUUCUUCACGCCAGAUUUGUUUACCGUUCUUCUCUCGGACAACUCCAUCAGUGGUAACAUUCCAUCAUCUAUAUGCAACUUGCAAUAUUUGCGAAUACUCGACAUGUCGGACAACAAAAUAUUUGGUGAGCUGCCAAAUUGCUGGAAUGGUAGAUCAAAACUAUUGACGGUUAUAAACUUAUCCAAUAACAAUCUGUCUGGACAUCUUCCUGAUUCAUUGGGUUUAUUAGGUUCUCUUAAUUUCUUGCACCUAAACAAUAACAGCUUAUAUGGAGAACUUCCUUCGGCUUUACAAAAUUGUCCAUUAGUAUUGCUUGAUCUCGGGCAAAACAAGUUAUCGGGUGAGAUUCCUGUGUGGCUAGGAAAGUUAACAAAUCUUACAAUGCUUCGGUUGAUGUCAAAUAUAUUUGCUAGCAACAUUCCUGCUGAGCUCGGACAACUUGAGAAUCUUCAAAUCUUGGAUCUUUCUUGGAACAAUUUAUCAGGAAGCAUACCUCAAUCUUUUGGUAAUUUCCACGCAAUGGCUUCAACCAAGCUACCUGGAUAUAUAAAUCAACCACUUUUUAUUCUCUAUGUUGACUUUGUAAGGCCAACAAGCAUCGAAACUUCAUUCACAUCUGAUGUGUUUCAAAGCUAUACUGACCAAAGAUUGUACAUUGCAACAAAAGGGUCAAAUCUUCAAUUUUCCAAGAAUCUGUUCUUCGAGAAGAGCAUAGACCUCUCAAGUAACAACCUUCAUGGUGCGAUCCCUGAGGAACUAGUCGAUCUAUCAGCACUGAACAAUUUAAACUUAUCAAGAAAUCAUUUAACGGGAAGGAUUCCUAAUAAGAUAGGAAACUUAUAUUAUUUGGAGUCUCUCGAUCUUUCUAUGAAUGAAUUAAAUGGAACCAUCCCCGAGAGUAUAACGGCCUUGCCAUUUUUGAGCAGCUUGAAUUUAUCAUACAAUAACCUCUCAGGAAGGAUUCCAUCUGGAGAUCAAAUACAAACACUGGUUGAUCCUACUAUAUAUGCUGGCAAUCCCUUUCUUUGCGGUCCCCCCAUUUCAAAGAAUUGCUCUGGAUAUGAACCAACAUAUACUCCUGAUGAGAAGAAACACG